AUGGAUACAGAAGACAUAGGCUCAGGUAAACUAGGCCAAAUAUUGAAGCAGAUUUGGAGACAAAACCUGAUGCUAAAGCAGGCGCUCCUGGGUACAGACCAUUGUGAAGGGGCUGGCGGGGCCACUUGGAUAGCCACAGUGGUCUUUCUGGGUCAAGAACUCAGUGAGGCCCUUCACCAACUCUUGGAACACACUGCAGAGACUCUGCACUCCACCUGCCAGCAGCUGUAUGUACUGCUUGACAAAGAGAAUCAUUGUACCUGGAGACAAGAAAUCAUUGCAUUCAUAGAUUGCCUCAUGAAAAGAAGUGAAUAUUUGGGGAGCACUGCUACAUUUCUAAAGAAAGAAGAAAAGGAGAUGUGUAAUUUAUGCAGCAUGCAUGAUGAAUGUACUCCACUGCAGACAAUGUCCACCAUUCAAGAUAUCAAAGCAACAGACAUUGCUGCAAGAGGGGAACAAAAUGUCAUAGAAACAGCUACUGUUUCUCCCACAAAUGGAGAGGAAAGUCAUUACACAAACCAGGUCCAGUUAAAAAAAGAUAAAAUACAUAGGAGUUCAGAACUAGUGGGAAAAGAAAACAAUACAUCAUUGAAGGGAGAUGUAACAGGGCAAGAAGAGUCACAGAACAAAAUGUUCCCAGAUAAUGCAGAAAAUGAAGAUGAUAAACAAAUAGAACACAUGACUGUUGAGAACAUAAAUGGCAACAGGGAAGAGACGCUUGACAUAAUCCAGACAAGAGAAAGAGAAAUUCAAGAGACCUCAGAAAGCCAAAGUGAAGAGAUUACCACAUCCUCAACAACAUGUGAUAUCUCUAGUAAAUAUGUGAAUAGUCCUCUUCCCAGUGAUUCAGAGAGUCUAAAGCAAAAGCAUAACAUCAUGGAAAAGGAGUAUCUUGAUGUGCUGAGUGAUGAUACUGUUACCCAAGUGUCUUGUUAUAUUACAGCACCAUCCUAUGUUCUACAACAUCUAGAAUGCCGGAUAAUUAAUAACAUGAGUUCUUUAAUAGUGAGCGAUAAUGAAGAAUUGGUCAGCAAUGUUAUCACUGUAGAGUGCUCAGAUAUGGAAAAGAGAAUUCCAUUUCCAAUAUGCAUUGCAAUUCCAUUUACUGCACGUUACAGGGGAAAUUACAGAGACAUCAUGGUGAAACUGUCUGAUGUAGACCUUCAAUCAAGUUACCUGACUCCAAAUUCACUGGAAGGAAUGAGAGGAAGUUACAAGGUGACCUGUGCUGAAGUGAAAGUUUAUAAGUUGGGUAUCUUUUCUGUUGUGUCUUGUUUAAAGAAAGAACCCUUUACAGUAACAAAGAAAGGCUUUACUCUUAAGCCAAGCAUGGAUUCUCGAAUAUCCUUAAAUUACCCUCCAGGAGUUUUCAGCUCACCAGUACUUGUACAAUUAAAGGUCCAACCAAUUGACCCAUCUCUGGUGGCAUAUUUAAAAACUCAGCAAGAUACUUCCUACUCAGUACUAUCCACAAGCCCUCUGAUUCAUGUUCAGCACCCAUCAACACAUCUUUUCCAGAAGCCAAUCACUGUAUUCCUACCUUGUUCUCCACACCCUGAUAAAAAAAAUCUUGGGUCUGAGAUAGAUCAUAAAAGAACAGCUAGUGCCACAACAAACAGAAUCAUACCUUUAUACCUCAACUGGACAAAAAGCACUUCCAUAAGAAAACCUGGGAACAACGCUUGUGAAUCUUUGAAAUUAUUGGGAUUCAGAAGCCGAGACAGUGGUUGGUUUGUGCUUGAUGGUGUCAUGGUGAGAACCGUGCAAAGUGGCUUGAUAUCAUUUGAAUUGUGUGAACAUUUAGAGAGGUUUAUAGUGCUUCACCCGUCUUCCAUUGUGGACAAUAGCCAUUUGGUUUCUUUUGUGAAGUCUUUGGAGGAAGCUAUGCUCAGCAUCACAGUUUGCAUUGUACUUUAUCACCAGAAAGACAACCCACAUAGAAUCGUUAUUUUAGUGGUGCCUUCUAAAGAUUUACAUCAGGUGCUUAGGAACUUGCGCUUGGAAGCCUCUAGUGGUCCUCCAGAGCCAUCUCGCCAUUUCCAAGUGAAAGAAGGAGAACAACUCUUUUUAAGGUUUACUGGAAACAUAUUGGCUUCAAGCAAUGGGAAGGAUUAUGGAAAAGACUACAAGCUUAUUUUUCAUUUACAAAGGAAACCUAGACUGGAACUCCAAAUCAAAGAGGUGGAUGAAUUUGGAAAUUAUAGCUGCCCUCAUUACAAGGGUACCAUUGUAGUUUAUAAAGUAGCUAAAGAAAAGAUAGUCCACAACUUGGAUCAAUCUCUCAUACUUAACGAAAACAAUUAUCAGUUGCCAAUUUGCAAAUUACCAUUGAAAUUGCCAAAGCAUGAAAAAUUAAUCAACCGUCCACAGAGUACCAAAAGAAUUUCUACAGAUCCUCUAGAAGCCCUGUGGGACAACUUGCUCUACUGGCUGGCAGACGAGCUCUCAGAAGAAAACGCCCUGUGUCUCUCCUCAUCCCUCCCCCUUCGCCGCAGCACCAUUCAGCUCAUCACACUGAAGAACCCUGAUGAUCUCACAGGACAGACCCACGAACUUCUUUGCUUUUGGAAAAGAUCACUCCCAAAUUCCACGGACAAACUUCGCCUUCUGGCUCGCCAUCUCCGCAAGAUCGGCAGGAGUGACCUUGCUGAAGAGCUCAAAUUCAAGUGGGAAAAUAAAGUGUUCACUGAACCCCAGCAGUGGUCUGAUGUGGCGGAGUUCAGCCCCGUUGCUCUUUCUUUUGCCCUAGACAAAGGGUCAUAG